AUGCUCGCCCCCGUGCCGGAGCUGGCGGACUAUGGCAUCUCGCCCGAUCAUGGCUUCCUUCCUUCCGAGUUGCCUCUCACAACUUUACCAGAUCCAUACUAUGCCAGAUGGGAGGCAAUUGCAUCGAAUCUACAGGGUUUGCUGUUGAGUAAGAGGAUCAGAGAGACCGUGGACCGUUUACCAACAUUGUCGACCUCGUACCUUCAGUCUGAGAGCGAGUGGCGACGGGCUUAUGUGGUGCUGGUGUUUAUCCUGCAUGCCUAUGUUUGGGGAGGACAUAAGCCACAAGAGAGAAUCCCUCCCCAACUGACCAUACCCCUGUUGGAAAUCUGCGACCAUCUGGAACUCCCUCCGGUAGCCACCUAUGCUGGCGUGUGUCUUUGGAAUUACAAACCCGUCUUCCCAGAUGAACCCGCCGGACACCUCAACAACCUGGCCUCAGUUAACACCUUUACCGGAUCGCUGGACGAACAAUGGUUUUACUUGGUUUCCGUGGCCAUCGAGUCUCGUGGAGGACCAACACUUCCACUGAUGUUGCGGGCCAUUUCAGCCGCACGUAAGGGUCAAAGUGGUGUCGUGACGGAGUGUCUGCAUGAGCUGGCAGAGCGGCUGGAUGAUAUCGGUGCCUUGCUUGAGCGGAUGUACGAGAACUGUGACCCCUACGUCUUCUAUAACCGGAUCCGUCCCUAUCUCGCUGGCAGCAAGAACAUGGCAGAGGCUGGCCUCCCCAAUGGUCUGCUGUACGAUGACGGCAGUGAUCCGAAGUAUGGUCAGUACGGCGGAGGUAGCAACGCGCAGAGCUCGUUGAUCCAAUUCUUCGACAUUGUCCUCGGGGUGGAGCAUCGACCCACGGGCGAGAAACCCCAGGCCCCCGCGUCUGAUAAAGAAGGAGUUGCCGGCAGACCGCGACAUGGCUUCAUCCAGGAGAUGCGCUCGUACAUGCCCGGGCCUCACCGGCGAUUCCUGGAGCACGUCAACGCUGUCGCCAACAUCCGUGAAUUUGUCGAGGCACGCAGAUCAGACAAGGCUUUGUGCAUUGCCUACGACGCUUGUCUGUACAUGCUCCGAACCAUGCGCGACAAGCACAUCCAGAUCGUCUCGCGAUACAUCAUCAUCCAAUCCAAGGGCGCACGGGAGCAAACACAGCCGGCAGCCCGAGGCAGUGCGAAGCCCCAAAACCUUGCCUCGAGUCGACCCGUCGAUAAGAAGAAGCUUCGAGGAACCGGUGGAACGGCACUAAUCCCGUUCUUGAAACAAGCGCGGGAUGAGACGGGUGAACCGGCGAUUGACGCAUGGGCACGACGGUUGCUGGGAGACGCACCUGUGCCGUCGGGCUUUGCGGCGUUGAGUAAGAUUGGGGAGAAUUCGGAUGGACAUAUCGAGGUGGUGGGAUUAUCAGGGACGUGGGCAGCUGAUGAGAGUGAGGGUGGGAUUUGCCAUUGGUGA